GGUUUUUGUUGUGACUCACAUCCGAUUCGUGUCCUAGUACUGGUUUGUUGAUUCUUGUCGUGUUUUUUCGAAAAACCUCUCGAAAUUUGUGUUUUCUAUGCAAAAUUUGUGGCCAGUGUUUCUUGGUGGUGUUGUGUAUAUAUUCAGAUAACCUUUGGUAACUUGUCUUGAGUUUACGUCUUCAUUUUCCCCCCUGAUGUGAAGUCAUUCGUUGUUAACGAUAAUGAAGGAAGAAAUUUUAGCUGCCGUUAUGUUCUUUAUAAGGUUCAUUGAGAAGAGUGAUAAGUUCCCUCAAGACCAAAUCGAAAAUUUCAAAAAGCAUUUAACCGAACUUCUCAUGGAAAGAUUUGAGAAGCAUUGGUUUCCGGAACUUCCAACCAGGGGUCAAGCUUAUAGAUGCAUCCGCAUUAAUGGCAUCAGCCCUAUAGAUCUAACCUUGGAACGUGCUGCAAGCAAAUGUGGUUCUUCAUACCACGAUCUCCGAUUGCCUACUGAACUCACAGUUUGGGUAGACCCAAGUGAAGUAUGCUACAGACUCGGCGAAUCUGAAGGUUCGUACUGUACGUUAGCUACUUUCCCAUCAGAGAACCGUUCUUCCUCAUCCGAAAACUCGACACCGACAACUUCGCCCCCAUCAACUCCCUUGCAGGAUAAGUACCGUAAAGUACAAAGGCCACAGCACCAGAGGUAUUCUACAGACUUUACCAAUAAAUACCGCAAUCCUCCUAAUAUGUUCUUGUCGUCGUUAAGGGUGAAAUCAACAAACGAGGGUAAUUUCAAUUUUGGGUCCAAUCGUCAAAUAUGCAGGGGUCCUUUUCCUGCAAAUCCUACUUUCUAUAAAAACAUGAAUAUCAAUAGGGCACACUACAAGAACGUAUGUAGAGUGUAGUAGUUGUUCAUUUUUCAAGAUUAAUGGUAGAUGGUCAUUGUUCAUAAUACAAACACAUGUUGCCAUCAACUCUCAAGAAAACAAAACUGUCAAAAGCGUACUGAAACUUUUUGAAACGAACUGGUGCUUGUUUUUGAAAUUUACACUUUCUAUAUGUAUAAGAUUUCAGGUGCCUUCACAUCGUGUAUCUAUGUAUAUUUUGUAAUUCCUAUUCAUAUAUUUUUAUGGAGUCUAAACUAUAAGCAGUGGAUCUUUAAAUUUUUUUAUCUUUAAUUUUAAGUUGUUGCUGUGAUAAAUUUCUGUCAUGACAGAUUAAGCCAUUUGCAAUGUUUUGCACCCACCAUUUUCUUAAAUUUUUUUCCUUUCUUUUCCUUGAUAUCUAAAUAGUUCUUCACUAUAAUGCAUCAUCAAUUUGACAAUAGAUUUGCUUACUUAUAUUAAGUAUGUAUAUUUGCGAUUAGUUCCUUUAGUUUUACAACUGAGUUUAACAAUGGGUGAUACUUUUUCGAAUCUACAU